AUGGUGAAGCUUGGUGAUGCCGACCUGAAAUUUCGAGAACGAAAUGUGCAAGCGAUAAUGCACGCGACACGGGUUCUUCUAAAGCGUUCCGUGUGGAAGGGGCCGCAUUUGGUGCCCCUCCCCAUUGUCUGGCCCAAGUCCACAAGCGACAAGGUGCCUCCUGUACGAACACAAGCCCGAUCAGCUACAAUCCUUCCCAACUUUGUCGGUCUCAAGUUCGAGGUGCACAAUGGAAAGGAUUAUCACGAGGUGACCAUUACUGAGGAUAUGGUUGGACACAAGCUUGGCGAGUUCGCACCUACACGAAAGCCCAACAUUUGGGACAAGAGGUAG